GUUAAUUUUAAUUGGCUGUGCUUAUCACUUUGUGCGUACAUACUCGUACCUCGUUUAUUCCAGCUAAUACUAAAUGAAAUGAUCGAAACGCGAUUUAUUUCAACUCAGCUUAUUCAUCAAAUCGAACUCAAAGUGAACGGUUGUGACUAGCGAUUAGUUUUUCUUACUUAAAUAUUCAACCCUAGUGUAGAUAGCAACUAAACUUAAAAUGUUAAAAUUUAAUUUGAUAGCGGCUGUGUGCAAGAAUUCAGGAAUUGGUUUAAAUGGCGAUUUGCCAUGGUGUUUAAAGUCAGAGUACGAAUAUUUUACACUUACAACAAAGCGUCGACGUGAUACUACAAAGCAAAAUGUUGUUAUAAUGGGCCGGCUUACAUACUUCAGUAUACCAGUGCACGAGCGACCACUUGAAGAACGGAUAAAUGUUGUUUUAAGCUCAACCUUGUUGCCAAUGGAUUUGCCCAAAAAAGUAUUAUUGUUUCCAAAUUUAGAGAUAGCGAUGAAGCAUUUAGAAGAGUAUAAUAUUCGUAAACAAAUUGAAACCGUGUGGAUUGUAGGAGGAAGUGGCGUUUACAAGGAAGCUAUGGCAUCACAACGCUGUCACCGUCUUUAUAUAACGCAAAUUAAGCAAGAAUUUAAGUGUGAUGUAUUUUUCCCCCCAAUACCGAACUGUUUCAAAGAGAUAGAUCCGGAUCCGGAGACGCCAAGUGGUAUACAGGAAGAACAUGGCGUACAAUAUGAAUUUAAAAUUUUACAGAAAUAACUAUCGACAAAUUCGUUUCUUCUGGCUUUAAAUAAAUACAAUUUUCAAAAUUAA